CUCGAUGAUGCGUUGGCCAUGACAUCGAAUCAAUGAAAUCAUGCCGAAUUUAUGCGAGGAGUGACCUAUUGUGCGAAUAGUGAACACAAUAGCAAGCCAGAAGAACGGCAAGAUCAAUUGACGUGUUCCGAAGAGAAAAGGGCCAAAGCCGGUCAGAAUCCGUGUUGGAGGUGCCGAAUACUGAAGAAAAAGUGUGACGCCAAAUCUACCUGUGAAGAAUGCGACAUGACGGAAGGGAGGACCUGGGAGCUUGGCUGCUAACGAGGAGGGCUGGCAGACCAAUUGAACGAUGGUAUACCUGGUAGGUUUAAUCCCAU